AUGUACCUCGCCCUCCAUGUACCUCGCCCUCCAUGUACCUCGUCCUCCAGGUACCUCGUCCUCCAGGGACCUCGUCCUCCAGGGACCUCGCCCUCCAGGGACCUCGCCCUCCAGGGACCUCGUCCUCCAUGUACCUCGCCCUCCAUGUACCUCGUCCUCCAGGGACCUCGCCCUCCAUGUACCUCGUCCUCCAGGUACCUCGCCCUCCAGGUACCUCGCCCUCCAGGUACCUCGUCCUCCAGGUACCUCGUCCUCCAGGGACCUCGCCCUCCAGGGACCUCGUCCUCCAUGUACCUCGCCCUCCAUGUACCUCGCCCUCCAUGUACCUCGCCCUCCAUGUACCUCGUCCUCCAUGUACCUCGCCCUCCAUGUACCUCGCCCUCCAUGUACCUCGUCCUCCAUGUACCUCGCCCUCCAUGUACCUCGCCCUCCAUGUACCUCGCCCUCCAUGUACCUCGUCCUCCAUGUACCUCGCCCUCCAUGUACCUCGCCCUCCAUGUACCUCGCCCUCCAUGUACCUCGCCCUCCAUGUACCUCGCCCUCCAUGUACCUCGCCCUCCAUGUACCUCGCCCUCCAUGUACCUCGUCCUCUAUGUACCUCGCCCUCCAUGUACCUCGCCCUCCAUGUACCUCGUCCUCCAGGUACCUCGCCCUCCAUGUACCUCGCCCUCCAUGUACCUCGCCCUCCAUGUACCUCGCCCUCCAUGUACCUCGUCCUCCAGGUACCUCGCCCUCCAUGUACCUCGUCCUCCAUGUACCUCGCCCUCCAUGUACCUCGCCCUCCAUGUACCUCGCCCUCCAUGUACCUCGUCCUCCAUGUACCUCGCCCUCCAUGUACCUCGCCCUCCAUGUACCUCGCCCUCCAUGUACCUCGCCCUCCAGGUCUUGUGUGUCUGA